UACAAUAUAUCUCUGUAAUAAUUGAGAUUUUAAUCAUAUCUACCUCUUUUUAUGCCCUCUGUCUCUCCCUCAAACACACGCACAGUUUGUUGUUUCUUCUCUCUCCUCAUCAAACGUUGUUAUUCGUAGUUAACUCUCGCAUUAAUGUCAGGUCAACUGCCGCCGCUGGUGGUGGUGGAGGCGGCGGAGCCCAGCCACUCCACUCACCGCUCAAUCGAGAAACUCGUAGUGGUGCUGGCGGCCAUCACAAUCCUCGGAGUUAUUGCGGGUAUAAUUGCUCGGCUCUGCGGCGGACAGCAUUUUGGCGGCUCAGGGGAACAUGACAUUGAGGGAUGGGUGGAGAGGAAGUGCCGCAGCUGCAUAGACGCCGGCAUAGCGACGGCGCCUCCGCCACCACCUCCACCGCCGCCCAAGGAGGAGCAACCAAAGCUAGCAGCAAGUGAAGAAGCCAAGAAAUGAGAUACUGAGGGUUGCUGCAAAGCUCCAUUCGGAACGGCUCCGUCGCAAAUUAUAUGUGAAUUUCUAUAAUUUUUAUUUGUUUAAUAUAAAAAAGUAUGAUAGGAGAUCUUUUGCGGAAUUAUAGAGAUUAAUUAGGAUUUUUGAUGCUACAAAAGGUAUUAUUCUAUAUUUUUGUCCUCAAUUGUAAUUUUGUUAACUAUUCAUUUGCUGAGUUCCGAUAGAUUUUCUUUUUGAUAUUUUAGUCCCAGAAAAUAGUAUUAAGGGUGAAAAGUGAAAAAAAAAUAAAAAUAAUCAAGAUAAAUAUGAAGAAAAUACUAUCAGCAUUUUUUUGUCUCA